CCCUACCCUAGUCAGUUUCCUGGAGCAUGCGCAGUCUCCCUUUCGGCCAUUCCUGCUUUGGGCGUACGUCAAGAUGGCGGCCUCCGUAUUGAAUACGCUGCUGAGGCGCCUUCCUAGCCUUUCGCCCUUCAGAGGUGCCUACGGAGUUCAGGUUCCCUGCCAGACUCUUUGCACUGAAGCCCCCCCUGAGGAAGAGUCUUUGCCUCCAGUUCCUAUUUCCCCUUAUCAGAAUGAACCCUGGAAAUACCUGGACUCAGAAGAAUACCAGAAUCGCUAUGGGUCUCGCCCAGUCUGGGCUGACUACCGUCGCAACCACAAAGGUGGGAUACCGCCACAGCGGACUCGAAAGACAUGUAUUCGUGGAAAUAAAGUUGCUGGGAAUCCCUGCCCCAUCUGCCGGGAUCACAAGCUGCAUGUCGACUUUAGGAACGUGAAGCUCUUGGAACAGUUUGUCUGCGCCCACACGGGCAUCAUCUUCCAUGCUCCAUACACAGGGGUGUGUAUGAAGCAGCACAAGAAGUUGACCGAAGCCAUCCAGAAAGCCAGGGAUCAUGGUCUCCUCAAUUACCACGUUCCCCUGGUUGAACCGCGGGACCUUGACUUCAGUACCUCUCAUGGAGCUGUGAGUGCUACUCCACCAGCCCCCACCCUGGUUUCAGGUGACCCCUGGUACCCGUGGUACAGCUGGAAACAGCCACCAGAGAGAGAGCUGUCCCGCCUUCGCCGGCUCUAUCAGGGCCGUCUCCGAGAAGAGAGUGGCCCCCCACCUGAAUCAAUGCCCGAGGUUCCCCUCACAACCCCAGCUGAAGGCUCCUCCACUGAGCAGGCAGGCCCCCAGAGGGCUCUAUAGGAGCUGUAGACUGGGCAGGGAUUAGGAGAUUGUGCCUAGGAAUUACGUGAUGAGAUUUCACCCUGAAAAGUUGUGUCUAUUUUGUGGCCAAUGGCAGGCCCAGGGCCAGAGAAAGAAAAUGAUUGUUAAAGGGGAUAACUACAUCCGAGGCUGAGGGAGGGCGAUACAGAUGUGCAUGGGAACCCCCAACUCCUAUGUAUUGUAAAUAGAUGGGCUAAAUAUUCUGUCGGUGUUUCAGACUUCUCCCAUCUCGGCUUUUCCACAAUAAAACUGUGUCUCCUGCCUCUGG